UACCGACAGCCCUGGGAAAGAGCAGCCAAGCAAAGAGGCCACCGGGACGGCUGCGUUGCUUUCGGCCUCGGCACCACUUGCCUGCGCACAGCCGUACCGUCCUUACAGCCUUCUCCGCUGCUGGACCGCAUCGACCAGACCAGCGGGACUCCCGUCGGCUCGCGCGCUCCGAGGCGCUUCCAGGGAGAAAGGCGGGAGGCACGCGAUAGAAAAGCAGCGCUCGCCUCGGACCCGCGCGGUGGGAUGAGGCGGGGCGGCGGCGGCGGCCCCCUCUCCCGCCCUGCCCGUCGCUUGUCCUCUGCUGACUUCUCUUCCAGUUCGGUCAGAUCGGCGCCAUCACAAAGGGGAAGAACGCGCAGGAAAACUAAUUACACAAAAUCAAUAUUUAAUCACAGCUCGGCAUCCUGACCCGGCAGAGCGCCCCCCCCAAAGCUGCCUGAGCCCCUUAUUUAUGGAGCUCGGAGGGGUGGGAUCAGGGCUGACUGUGGAGGCCGGAAUGGCCCGGACGGGACGGCAGGAAGAGAGCGAGUCCCGCAGGCUCAGUGGCGGCUCGGGACGCUCAGUGCGGUUCCCGCGCCAGGGCCGGAGGGGAGGCGGACGUUUUCCACGCAGCGACACCGCUUGACUCGCCUCCCCGCCGCCCUCGGGGCUCCUUAAGGAGGUGCGCCGGCCGUCGGGCCCCGCAGGCUCUGACCGACCACGGCAGCCCAGCGCUCGGGUCGGACGCCAGCCGACUUCCGCGGCCUCCCCCUUCCCGUUCGGGACUUCCCAGUAACCGGGCCGAGCGCUCGGCGGGGGAAGGGCGACGGCGGCGGCGGCGCCACCUUAACAGGGAGCCCCGCCCCGCCGGGCCGCUCAUUGGCGCAGCUCUAAUGGCUGGACGGCAUUGCUGAAAUGCAAAACUUGUUGCUGCUUCCCCGGCGCGCGGCGAGAGCGCGGCAGAGCCAGCAGCCCGCCAGCCCGCCAGCCAGGGAAGCGGCGCAGCAGUCGCGCAGCCCAGGAAGGCUGGCGAGGCCCGGCGGGGUCCCCCCAGCCGCCACUCCGGCGCCGGACGGCAACUGAGGCGCAAGAUGUGAGUCGGUCGGGCGGCGGCGGCGGCGGCGGCCGAUCUCUUCCCUGCCUGCCCGCCCGCCGGCGGCGCGGACUCUCUGGGCCGGCCGGUCGGCCGUGAUGUCUCGCUGAGGAUCUAGUCAGCCGGGACUCGAGCGACAGAGCCGCAGUCACCGGCGGGAUGUUUGCGCUGGAUCCGUUCGACCCACACGGCGGCGGCGGCGGCGGCGGCUCAGGCAGGAGCGGGGUGCCGGACGAGCGGGGCGGCGGCUUUGGGCCGGGCGCGGGCCCCCAGUUCAAGCCGUCACCCUUUCACGGCGGAAGUGGCGGCGGCGGCAGCGGCGAAUCGGCGCCCGUGAAUGCCCUGGGCGAGCCCUCUUCCACCCUGCUGGCCAUGAACCUGACCUUGUCCGGGGAAGGCUACGGCGGUUUCCACGCCCCCCGCGGCGGCCCUCCGGAGUUGGGCCAGCCCCAGCCGAUCCACGGAUUCUUCGGCAGCCCGCCGGCUGGCCCGGGCGCGCACCACCAGACCCAACCACCGCCCUCACACUUCGGGGGUGGCUUCGGGGCCGAACCCAGCGCCUCCUGCCUCCACGGCGGGCGCCUCCUCGGCUAUUCGGGCGGCCAGCAGACGUUCGCGGCGGACGGCGGCUACGAGCAGCAUCUGGCGGACGGCCAGACGGGCGGGGAUGGCUUCGGACAGCAGAGGGCGGGACCCCUCCAGGACUUCCAGCCGCCGCCGCCGCACCAUCUUCACAAUCCCGGCGUGCCGGCCCCGUGCCUGCCGCUAGACCAGUCCCCUAAUCGCGCUGCCUCCUUCCAUGGCCUGCCGGGAACCGCCUCCUCAGAACCGCACGGCCUGGACUCGCAGAGGCGCCUGCCCGGUCAAGGGGCGGCCGCGGUGGAUGCCCUGGAAUACAGUUACCCGAACAGCGAGAGCCAUUUCGACUUGCCAGUCUUCUCGUCGUCAGAGGCCGAGGGGCAGUUGCCGCAGUACGGAUCCGGACGACAGGCUGCUCCGCCGGCAGGCGGCAACUUCGCUGGCCACUCCGCGGCCUUGUCCCGAGCGCCGGGCUCCCUGGGGAAGGUGCCUAGCCAACAGUCCCCUCACGGCGUCUUCUUCGAUCGGUUCGGCGGCGCUCGCAAAAUGUCUCUGGGGCUGGAGCCGGGCCUGGGCUCCGGAAGGCACCACCUAGUUCAACAACAGCCGCCGCCCCCGGCUCUCCUGGCCAGGCAGAAUUCCUGCCCCCCGGCGCUGCCGCGGCCACAGCAGUGUCCAGAAGGAAGCGCCGCCAAUGUGAAUCUGCAGGACAGCGGCGGCCCGAUUUUGCAGGCGCAGCACGGCCAGUUCGAGUAUCCCAUCCACCGGCUGGAGAACCGGGGCCUGCAGCACCAGCCGCAGCAUUCCUACGGCCCGGGAGAGCCGCUGUUCAACGUGUCCCACCAUCACCACCACAGCCAGCCCCAGCAGCCGCCCAACCAGCGACUGCAACACUUCGAUGCGUCCCCCUACGCGAACCUCCCCACGAGGCCCCGCUUCGAUUCGUGGAGCGGCGGUGGAGGGGCAGGCAUGCACGGGGCGGCCGCCUUGGAGAGCCACCUGUCGCCCUCCGCGGCCUAUUCUGGUCUGCCGGGGGACUUCACGCCGCCGGUGCCCGAGAAUUUUCCGCCGCCGCCGGGCCCGGAUCCCCAGGCGGCUCUGCAGCAGCGCCAGAACACUGCACUGAUGAUCAAGCAGAUGGCGGCCACCCGCGGCCAACCUCAGCGCCUCCGUCCGCCCAGCCUGCACCAGGUCGGGCACCACCAACAUCCUCACCCUGCCGGCGGCCACGGCCAUCACCAGUCCCCGCACCAACACCCUGGCGAAGCCGCUUUCGAGGCGCAGGAGGGCGCUUGGUUCCCGCCGCCUCAUCCUCCGCCGGGCGGUGGCGAUUUGCUCUUCCGACCCGGAAUCGGCGGGUUGCAGGAGCCGCCGCCGCCGCCCCUGCGGAUGUCCUCGGGGGGCGAAGGACAUGUGCCCUCGCCCGGCGGCCUGCAAGGCCAGUUCGGCUUGAGCCCGCCGUCGGAGCGGAGGCCGAGCCACCCCGACUUCGCAGUGCAGACGCCGAGCUUCCCUUUUGGGCCCCCCAGCCGCCAGCCCACCCCGCACAGCGCUUCGCCCGGGUCCUUUGGGCCGCCGACGGACUUUCAGAGCUCUGCACCUCCCCAGUCGCAGCCCCGGCCCUCGCCGGCCAGCAGCAAGCUGGGGGCGCUCUCGCUGGGCACCUUCCCCAAAGGCAGCGUCGGGGCGCCGCCCGGGAGCGCAGGCCCCAAGGAGAGCAGCGGCCUCUUCGGGCAGAGCUGCCUGGCAGCGCUCUCCACCGCCUGCCAGAACAUGAUCGCCAGCCUGGGUGCGCCCAACCUCAACGUCACCUUCGGCAAGAAGGGCGCGCCGGCGGCGGUGGGCAGUGGGGCCGGCGGGGAGGGUGCCAAGCGGAGCAAGCUCAGCCCCGCAGAGCCUCCCGAGACAAACGGCGCAGGGCCGCAGCCUCCCCUCACGGUCGCCGCGGCUCCUGCGGGCGAAAGCAGCCUCUCCCCUAAUUACUCCCCUGGAUCGGGCCCCGACGCCAAAGCGGGAAGCGGACGAGGCAGGGGACGUAGGAAACGAGACAGCGGCCACGUCAGCCCAGUCGCCGGGGCGACGGGUGGCGCCGGCGGCUUCUUUGAGAAGUACGGCUCGACGGCGGCCGUAGAGAGCGGCAGCCCGGGACAAGGCGGGGAGCGAAGCGGCGGCGGCACCCCCCAUCUUCACGAGCCCCCCAAGGCGUUGAGCUCCCCGUCGUCUGCCUGGGCCAAGGCCGGCGGUGACCUCCUCCUCCAGCCUCCUCCGGAGCAAGCCGACCUUCUUCCCUCCCUGGACCAGGCGGAAUCGUGCUCCCCGCGCGGCGGCGGCGGCGACUUCUCCCGCGAGGUGGAAAGCGAGGAGGAGGUGUCUUCCAGCUCCGACAACCAGGGCGCCAAAGGGUGUCCCGGCGGGCGCAGCCCGCUUCAGCCGCCCACCCGCCCGGUGGACCACCCGCUCCUGAACGGACAGAAGGCGUCGGCCCUGGCGCAGCUGGGCCUGCAUGCCGGCAGCAGCACCGCUACCUCCAGCCCCGACAGCUACGGCGCCGCCCCGCCCGGCCCGGUGCAGGAGGAGAUUCACCCGCUGGAGAUCCUGCAAGCGCAGAUUCAGCUGCAGCGGCAGCAGUUCAGCAUCUCCGAGGAUCAGCCGCUGGGCCUCAAGAGCGCCAAGCAGGGUCCCGAAGGCUCGGGCGGGGCCCAGAACGGCGACGGCGGCGGCGAGCUGAGCAGCUGUUGCGAGGGCGCCGGAGCCAAGGGCGCGGUCAGCACUAUCGACCUGGAGUCUCUGAUGGCCGAGCACUCCGCCGCGUGGUACCUUCCCGGAGACAAAGCCCUCCUGGACGGGGAGCCCCGCGAGAAGGCCCUGGUGUCCUGGGAGAAAGCGAAGGCGCCCACGCCCGGCAAGGAAGCCCACGACCUCCCCUCUAGCAAGGCCUUGGCUCCAGCACAGACGGGCAGCCACCUGCAGUGUCUCUCUGUCCACUGCACAGACGACAUGGGUGAUGCCAAGGGCCGGACUGCAGUGCCAACGUGGAGAUCCCUGCACUCGGACAUCUCCAACAGAUUUGGGACUUUUGUGGCUGCCUUGACUUGAAGAAGGAAGAUGAGGAGGAGGAGAAGUGGUGGUUUUCUUCUGUUCUUUUUAUGUUUAACCAGCCGCUGCUACUAGCUGGACAGUUUUUCUAGGCUGGUAUCUGUUUGGUGGCAUACAGACUGGCAAGGAUUAAUUUAAAAUAAACUCAACCUUUUUAAAAAAAGAAAGAAGGAAGGAAGAAAAGAAAGGAAAGAACAGCUGCCAUUUCUCCUGCCAGAGGAGGAGGAGGAAGCGCACCGAAGGAAGGAGCAAGGAGCCGGCAGUGGGACCAAGCAGGGCCUUGUCACGGGGAGGCAGGAUGGGUUCAGGUUUUUCGUGCUCCCCUCCCCUCUUCUCAGAAGUCUGAGAGGGUAACCUGGAGAGCAGCACCGAAGACCAAACCCCUCAGAGGGAAACUGCCACCCCAAAAACUACUCGAGGGACCCCCCCCCCCAGCUUUUGCCUUUCCUGCCCACCACAGCCAAACACCAUCAGUGCUCAGCCAAGGAUUCAGAGCGUCCUUUGUCUCACUGGAGAGCGAGAAGGCGGGUGGGCGGGCGAGGAGGGGGGGGGAUGCAAGCUGAUCCCUUGCCUCCCCUCCCCACCUCAUUCCUGCAGCUGCCUGGUUUCUGCUUUCUGGCACAAAGCCUCAGAUCGCCUGUUUUUCUUUUGUGUGUGUGUCUCUCUCUCUCUCUGUGUGUGUGCUUGCAAGCACACUCAGUGGCAGCUCUGCUCUCAGGGCCUGCCCGGCUCCCCUUGACAGCUGAGUGCCUUUCCUGGAGGGAGGGAGGGGGCCUCCUCCGCCCAGCCAGCAGCCCAGCCGGGUCCUCCUGCUCUGCCAACAGCCUCCCAUUGUCUUCCUCCAUUUCCUGCAGAGAGAGGCCCCUCUGCGGAGCCCAGUCUGAGGCAGCAGAGAGAGGCUUCCGCCUGGCUGCAUCCAGCCGGCUCUCUGGUGGGUGCUGCUCUGGCUGCCAGGGAGUCAAAGCGGCAGAGCAGGGGCAAUGAGCCCCGCUUGGCUGCGGGGAGGAGGUCACAAGAGGUGCCAGCCUCGCCAGAGGGGACAGAAUAACUCCCCUGCGGCUGGGGGUCAGGCAACCACGCUGCCCCUGGGGUGGCAUUUCCAGCCUCAGGUUGGCCUUUCCAGCAGCAGCAAGGAGGCUGCUCUGAGCCAGCCCACCUGGUACCUCAGGAGGCUCCUGCUGAGUGCUCACUUUCCACCGGAUUUCCCUCUGCCAGGCUCUCCUGGCGGUCUGAGUUGUCUGCUGAGAAAGCUGGGGGGGGGGAAUGGCAGAGGGGCAGGGGUCCUCUGCAGAGCAGGUCCAGUUCCCACCCACAGGAAGCUCCCCACCCCGUUGACUUUUCUUCUUUGAAAUCUAAGAAACCUGAGGGGUGCAUUUCUUUUUUAAUGUCCUGGAUUUUUUGUGGACUUUUUCUCCCCUUUUGCUGGCAGGUCAAAUUUUGAUCAGCCUCCUGUCCUCGCUGUCUCCACCUGUACAGUUCUGCUCCUCUACCAGCCUGGGGAGUUGCCCCAUGGACAUUCCAGGGUUUUCUCCCGCCCUCCCCAUCUGGGGGCUGCUAGGCGACCCUCCUACGGCCAGUGAUCUGCAAAGGGAAGUGGGUCAGGUGGGGGUCUUUAUUAUUUUCUGAAAGUAGGCUUGUGUAAGAAGAAAAAUCAGCAUAGAAUCAAUGGAAUUGAAGCAUUAAAAUAAGAAUAACAAUGAUAAAGAAAAUCCCAAAUAGACAGCAACAAUGUUAAAAUGAAAACAGCAAACAGCAAAUUCAAACUUCAUUCAGGCAAAGAGAGAAAUAUUUUCAGGUGAUGUUUAAAAUGACUGGAAAAUAGCUUUAACAGUAAAACAGUAAAAUAACAAUAGAGUUGUCAGAAAUUAUCAGUAAACUGCCUACUAAAAGCAUUCAGUUGAGUAACACCUUGCACUGUGCAGAAAAAGAAAGGAAAAAAACCCUGUGGAUUUGCAGAACUCUUCAGGCAGAGAGUCCAAAUAAAAAUCAUACAAAACCUGCUGAAGACACACACACUCACACUCUCUCUCACACACACACACACACACACACACACACACACACACACACACGCACAGAGAGAGAAAGAGGGGGGGGCAUGCACAGAGAGCACACAAAUGGGUCUUUUGUUGCUUGAGGGCAGUGCUGGGUGUCCUCCUCUGCUAAUCUGGGCCACAGCCACUAUCUAAGUGGGCGUGGGGCACCUGAGGCCACCGGCACCCCUUUGCAGGAAACAAUUUUGCUGCUAAAUCAGGCCAACCUUUUCUGACGGCUCUCUGCUCUCGGAUGCUCUGCAAAUGGCCCCUCCUUGUCUCUGGAAAGGCUGGGGGGGGGGGCUCCUCAGCCAAAGGUCCAGAAUUGCUCUGCACAAUUACAGCAGCUUCUCUGGUGGGGGAAAGCAAUCUAAAAUAAGCCAGAUAUUUUAACCAAGAUUUUAGGAUAAAAUUAAGUUUCGGGGGACUUGCCAAUUACUUUUUCUUGGUUUCAUCCCUGCCACAAUUCCCCAGCCAUUGCAGCUUUAAAAACAAAUCCUAAAAGAAAAGGAUGUCUUUAUUUUCAUUGUACUGAAAAAGAGCCCAUUCCCCCCUCCAACUAAAUCCCUCCUGCUCAGUCCGAAGAAGAAGAAGAAGAAGAAGAAGAAGAAGAAGAAGAAGAAGAAGAAGAAGAAGAAGAAGAAGAAGCAAAGUUAUUGCACAUGUAAGAUACUAACAUGGAGAGCAACUUGUAAUCUGCCCCUUCCCGCCUCUUCCCCUCGCCCAGCCCCUUUCCUAGGAAUUUAGUUUAAAUUGGUUUCUCAAAGCUCGGUUGGAAGACUGUGACAAAAGCUCAUAAAAGUGAGUGUUAUUUUCUUUUUUAAAUAUGUAAAGUGCAGUCUUCUCUAUUCAUGCAUAUUGUAUAUAUCUGUAUAUGUUUUACUGAGCAACUAAAUAACAAUAAAUAUGAUGUUACUGGUGA